AAGCCGGCUGUAAUAAAAUUAUUAAUAAUUGAUAGAAUUCGAGGAAAAUUCAAUGAUGAGUCCUGGGGCUGCAGGUAUUGCGCAUGCCCUUGCCCGCGCAGUGUCCUUUUGUCCCUUUGUGACCUUUGCACUGCACGAAGGACGAUUCAAGCCGAGUCCACGAAUCAAAUUCGUAUCAAGUGGGACAAAGUGCCGUGCGUUGUUCCGGCUCGACCCGCCGCAUCCACCGAAAUUAGGUUACCGAGGGCCCAAGUGCACAGGCAAAAGGGUCGGGGGAGGAUGAACAGCUGUCCCUCGUCUACCCUACACAGGUUACGCAGCUAGCGCAACGAGCUUAACGGCCAAUCACGGCAUUCGAGCCCGUUUAACGGUUUUGACGUUAUCUCGCACCAUUUCCACCGUGAACACAGCAUUGUUGAUGCACACUUACAACAAUGACACGGCUACGUGAAUUGGUGUUGGCCUACCGAACGCGACGUUCAAAGCGUUUACCUCAGCUGGAUACAGUCUCAUUUGAUUCAUUUUAUAAUGAGGGACCCACUGACCAAUUUCCUAUCACCAAAGAAUCAUCAUUGAAUGAUCUCUCACCAAGUCAUUCUCCUGCUAGAGAAUACGUGAAAUUCUCGGCACAAAACUACAAAGCGCCGGCAAGCUGCACCCGUCCAAGCCUAGCCACAAUCCUUUUGGGAAUCGUCCUUGUGGCUGUCUUUGUCAUCCUGCCGGCACUCUAUUUGAUUCACUGCUUCGGCCUCAUCCGCAGUGAUUAUGACAACCGUAUCCCGCACAUCUUUGCCAUCAAAGAAACUUACCACUAUGCGCCCGGCGAGAAAGUCCACGAAGCUCUCGACGUCUACAGCAAUGGCAAAACACGCGUUGUCGUUAAAGAAUUACCGCUGCCGCCCAAACCCGACUAUGCGCAUUGUCCGCUUGACGAUGCGAAUAAAUUCGACUGUUUUCCCGAAGGCGAUGUUACGAAGGAGAAGUGUGAAGCGCGUGGAUGUUGCUGGGUGCCACGCAACUCCAAGAAGCGCAAUAAAAAGUUCAAUACAUUAAACAUCAAUACGCCGUACUGUUUCUUUCCGGAUAAUUAUCGCACGUAUAGUUUUGUUAAUGUAACACUCACCGACUUCGGAUUGGUUACGUUCAUGAAGCGGGAUUAUCGCAGUGCAUAUCCGGAUGAUGUGGAAGUGAUAAAGAUGAUUGUUAAGUAUGAGACUGAGGAUAGAUUACACUUUAAGAUUGUUGAUCCGUCUACAACUCGUUUCGAGCCACCAUAUCCCGAUGUGCCGGUGGUCGAUGGAGCUCCGUCGAACUUAUCCUACGCGUUCGCCAUUUCCAAUUCGACUUUUGGCGGAUUUCAAGUUAUUCGAAAAUCGGAUAACACUGUAAUAUUUGAUACUAUGAACAUGCAAACAUUGAUCUACGCGGAUCAACUUAUCCAGUUUACUACGAAACUUUCUUCUGAUAAAAUAUUCGGACUGGGCGAGCAUCGAUCGCCUUUUUUGCUCUCGACACACUGGACGAAAUUUACAUUGUGGAAUCACGAUAAUAUACCACUAGAAGAUGCGAAUUUAUAUGGUUCACAUCCAUUCCUGAACAUAGAACCAUCCGGCUGUUCUCAUGGUGUCUUUUUGCUCAAUAGUAACGCGAUGGAUGUAAUUAUCCAACCGACGCCUGCCGUUACCUAUCGUACCAUCGGUGGUAUCUUAGAUUUUUACAUAUUCCUCGGUCCGACACCCGCGAAUGUCGUCCAGCAAUACACUGAAAUAAUCGGCAAACCAUUCAUGCCUCCCUACUGGGGUCUUGGUUUCCAUUUGUGUCGAUUCGGCUACAAAACUCUCAAUGACACAAAAGAAAUACUCCAGAAGAAUCUAGACGCUGGUAUUCCAAUAGACACACAGUGGAAUGAUUUGGACUACAUGGCGAAUCACAAUGACUUUACCUAUGAUAAGAAAGCAUAUGCGGGAUUGCCUGCGUUCGUAAAAGAAUUACACUCGAAAGGAAUGCAUUACAUUCCAUUAGUGGAUGCUGGAAUAUCCGCUAGAGAGAAAUCCGGUACUUAUCCACCGUAUGACAAAGGAUUUGACAUGAAAAUUUUCGUUACGAAUUCAUCGGGACUCCCAAUGGUCGGCAAGGUAUGGAAUUUGGGUACGACAGUAUGGCCAGACUUCACGAAUCCGUCCACGGUUGAUUAUUGGACAUCUAUGUUGGAAGACAUGCAUAAAUCCUUCGAAUUUGAUGGUAUCUGGUUGGAUAUGAAUGAACCUAGUAAUUUCAUCGACGGUCAAUACGGGGAUUGUCCUCCAUCUAGUUUGGAAACCCCGCCGUAUCUUCCCGGAGUUAAUGGUGGCAAAUUAAACUAUCAUACCUUGUGCAUGACAGCGAAUCAUUCUGUAGGAUUGCAUUAUAAUGUACAUCAAUUGUACGGGUUGACUGAGUCGAUGGUAACCAACUUUGCUUUGGCUACGAUUCGUGCUAAACGACCGUUUAUAAUUUCACGUUCGUCUUUCCCUGGUUUGGGUAAAUACGCUGGACAUUGGAGCGGAGAUGUUGUCUCCGAAUGGAAAGAUAUGAAGUUUUCAGUGCCACAAUUACUCAGCUAUAGUUUAUUCGGUGUGCCAAUGAUGGGUGCUGAUAUUUGUGGUUUUAACGGCAAUACAACUGAGGCUUUGUGCAAUAGAUGGUCACAGCUUGGCGCGUUUUAUCCUUUUUCACGAAAUCAUAAUACUGAUGAUGGAAUUCCACAAGAUCCAGUUUCUCUUGGACCUGACGUAACCGCAUCCGCAAAGAAAGCCCUGACUACUCGUUAUUCUCUGCUGCCAUAUUUGUACACCCUCUUCUGGGCUGCGCAUGUCAACGGUGACACCGUAGCACGUCCAUUAUUCUUCGAAUAUAUUGGCGAUACUAAAACAUACGCCAUUGACGACCAAUUCCUUUGGGGUGCAGGAUUAAUGAUCGUCCCAGUCUUAUACGAAAACCGCAUGUGGGUAAACCCGUAUUUACCACGCGGUUACUGGUACGAUUACUACUCACAUCAAAGAAUUGAAUCAAACGGAACGCGAUUCAAUAUUUCUGCUCCCCUGGAUACCAUCCCGUUGAUUAUUCGUGGUGGUUACAUCCUGCCACAACAGGAACCAUUGCAGACUACAACGCGUGCGCGUCAAACCAAAUUAAAGUUGCUGGUUGCGCCUGAUGAUAGCAUGAAUGCAAUGGGCAAGUUGUAUUGGGAUGACGGAGAUUCACUAAAUACUGUCGAAGAGCGUCGUUAUGUUUUAAUCAAUUUCAAUAUGGCGAACAACACGUUAACUACAGCAAUUGAACAUUGGGGCGAUAACAGCGUUACAAAUUUGGACCGUGUAACCAUCAUGGAUUGGAACGCGUAACAAACGUUACUAUCAACAA